ACAAAGCUCAUUAGGAAUUGGGAUUUUAAUAUGAGCGAAAGCGUGGAACCACCACUCCUCCUAGCUUUCGUUAUUAUUUACGUGUGUCACUAUUUCAAACAAACUCUACGUAAAUGUGCUUAUGUUGAGUAGCAUUGCUAAACAAAUCAAGAAGAAAACAUAAGUGGCCUCAUUAAUUUAUGAGACACUUCGAACACUAGUGAGUGCACCACGGAUGAUCAAUAAUCGUUGAAUGUGCUUUAUGGUGAUAUUGAGCGAAGUGAAAAGAAAUAAUAAUCAAUUUGAAAUCGUAUAUGAAGCAGUUACAGAAGCAGACACAGUUGGGAAUCGAACAUUAAGAAAGUAUUGCGUCGAAUUCUGCAAGCUAUGACGAGAUGUGGACUACUGAUAUUAGCUGGCAUUUUGUCAACGGUCAUCAAUUCAGUCGAAUCUGACCUUCAAAACGCUCCUGUACCAGGCACACCCACACCGGAACAAUCCACGCCACCUCCUAAAUUGCUGACAAAUUUCAUUCCCGCAUCAAUGCAACUACUCCAGCACUGCAUUGAAUCGAUUCAAUAUGAACCUGUGACACCGUCGACUACAACGGCAAAACCAACGACCACAACAGCUGCAGUUCCAACACAACGACCGACAGCACUCCACAAGCCGGGCUACUUUGGACCAGAAAAGCCACCACCAACACAGUCUUCUUUUGCCACUGCUACUAUUUCAAGCACGAGCGCCCAGGAGCAAACGACGAUACCAAGCACGGAAACCGCAGAAACUUUACUCUGGAAUGAUAAACAGUUUUUCGAAUGGUUCCUGCAAAAUAAAUACAAGCAAAUUAAAUUAGAUAAUGACUACAACCUUCAACUGUUGGAUCCCUUGCCACUUCGGCUGCUGGAAGACAUCGAGGGUGAACGUUAUGAAUUGCCAGCAUUAUUGGAUAAGGACAAUGUUAAUGAAUUUCGGAAAAUCUAUGAUGACAAAUAUCGUGAAAGUGAGACAGAUUUGCAGCAGAUAAACAUAGCCGGUGGCAACAAGCCUCACCUGAUGGAUAAUCGACACGAUAGCGUCAGCAGCAGUAGUAUCAUGAAAGGAGGAAGUGGGAGGAAACGUGUACCGCCCACUAAGCCAUACAUUCACAUGCUGAUGCUUUAUGACCUGCUAAAAAGGGAGGCGAAAAAAUUUAUGUUCAACUUGUACGAGGUAAGUAGCACGUAGGUCAACACUAAUUUA